UGGUCAAUACUCCAUUAAUGUUGUCUUCUUCUUCACCCUUCCAUGGCCACUUGGCAAGCAUGCCAAGACACUCCCUCCUUCUUCCUCUGCCAAAAAUCUAUCACCAAUCCCUCUCCUUAGCUUCUUCAAGCCAAAAAUUCAGAAUACUUACUUCAAUUAUAUCCCUCCCAACCACUGAUUUUGUGUUCUCAAUUUCACUAUAAAUCGCCAUGAAAAUCUCUCAACAAGAAUACCAUCAAAAAUAAUUUUCAUCCUUUCAUCUCACCUCACCACCACCUAAGAACUAAUCGGAAUUUUCCGUUAACAACUCACUUGAAAACGUGACCCAAAGAAAACCAAAAAGGAAACCCGAAUUUUCUCUCUCUCUCUCCUCUGUUUCGGGAUUUCAAACACCCCCACCACCGGCUCCCGCCGGCUCAGACGAUGCCAGGUCUGCCGCCUACCACUCGUGUGUCACUCGCCGGCCACCAGCACGCUCGCCGGAGCUCUGCCGUGACCCCCGCACUCUCCUAUUCCGUCGCACUCUCUCUCGCUCCUCUUCAUCGAGCUCGCGUCUGUUAUACGCGCAACACCACUGAUAACCUAUGCGCGCCACACUGCCGGAGACCACCGCCGCUUCUCGCCGCCGUUCGCCGGAGCCGGAAUCCCCCUGCCUCGCUUCUCGUUGUCGUCCCUGCUCUAGUAGCAGAGAUUAAAGAAGAUAAAGGAUAUUACAAGCUUCCCCCGGCUAUCAAGGUUGUUAGGCAAGAAUUCAGGUACCGAUGGUGAUAACGGGAUGGCGUAGCAGUGAGGAUUUAUAUAAUAUCUAGAUUAUGUAGACUCUUAUAGUUUUAAUUUAAGUUAAUGUCAAAACUCUGAUUAGUAACUAAGUUUCUAUUAAUCAAGACUAAUGUUGGAUCCAUAUUAUGUUUCAUGUUAUAAAAUGUUUAAGUUUAUGAUUUUA